AUUUGACGACGCCCGUAUGUGCCCUUCGCGUGUGAUAUGCGUGUGCACACGUGCCGCCUUAAUAUGAAACAUGAAAAGGCAGCGCCGCAGGAAAGGCUGCCGUACAAGGUCCCAUUGAAUCCGAUUUCUGGAAAGAAACACCGUAAUCGGUGUCGGUGUUGGAGCGAACACUCCAAUGUGUGAUCUUGUGGUCGGCACGUGAAGGCAGCACGAUCCUUGCCCUGUUUACUCGCAGUGGAUCUCAUGCAGGCAGCCGAUCAGAACCUUGGACCUUUAUCUCGGCGACGUUAGAACGUCAGCUGUCCUUAUCAACAUUUUCCAGCCUCUCGCGGACCUUGCACGGGGGCCAAAUCGGGUUUUUUUUUUUUUUUUUUUUUCUUCUACCGGAAAGAUGACGCUGAAAUCCAAUAAACACGAACCGGCUCUCACACUGGACCGUGCGGACUCCGUCCGGACAGCCCUCUCCGAUCUGUACCUGGAGCAGCUUCUGCAAACCAAACCAAAGCCCGACAAGGUUGCUAUGCAAAGCUUCGAGAAUAAAGGUGCUGAGCUUUAUACCAACGGAAGUGCCAGAUACAUGAAUGGCACCGAGCUGACCAAAAUGAAAGAAGUCAUGUUUGAAAAAAAUCCCUCGGAACCAAUGGGGGUCACGCUAAAAAUGAACGACAAGCAAAGAUGCACGGUGGCCAGGAUAUUGCACGGGGGCUUUAUACACAGACAAGGCUCCUUGCACGAAGGUGAUGAGAUAGCGGAAAUCAACGGGAAAAGUGUGACUAACCACACAGUCGAUCAGCUCCAAAAGAUUUUGAAAGAAACCAAUGGAAUCGUCACCAUGAAGAUUGUUUCCAACCAGAAGAGUCGAUCCAAAGCCUGCGAGACGUACAUGAGGGCCCAGUUUAACUACGACCCGUCCGCAGAUGAGCUCAUCCCGUGCGAAGAAGCCGGUCUGCGUUUUCAAACCGGCGACAUCAUUCAAAUCAUCAACAAGCAGGAUCCCAACUGGUGGCAAGGCACAGUGGAGAGCAGCGCGGCAGACUUUGCCGGACUAAUACCGUCGCCGGAGCUCCAAGAAUGGAGAGUGGCAAGUAAGAGCAAGGCCAAAGACGGCAGUCAGUCCUGGAGCCCGUUCGGAAAGAAAAAGAAGUGCAAAGACAAGUAUUUGGCCAAGCACAGCUCCAUUUUUGACCAGCUGGAUGUGAUUUCUUACGAGGAGGUUGUCCGGCUGCCUGCUUUCAAACGGAAAACUUUGGUGCUCAUUGGCGCGCCUGGUGUCGGGAGGAGUCACAUCAAAAAUUCAUUGCUGACCAAAUAUCCUGAGAAAUGUUCUUACCCUGUACCACACACCACCAGAUCACAACGUAAGGACGAGGAGAACGGGAAAGAAUAUUAUUUCAUCUCCAACGACGCCAUGACCAAGUGCAUCUCCGAAAAUGAGCUGCUUGAGUACGGCAGCUUCCAGGGAAAUAUGUUUGGUACCAAAAUUGAGACCAUCCAAAAGAUCCACGAGCAGGGGAAAAUUGCCCUGCUGGAUGUAGAACCGCAGACGUUGAAGGUCUUGCGGACUGCUGAUUUUGCUCCUCUUGUGGUGUUCAUCGCACCCACCGACACGGCACCUCAGACGGAGAACCUGACGAUGAUCCAGAAGGAGUCGGACGCCAUCCUCGUGGCCUACAGACACUUCUUUGAUUUGAUUCUAGUCAACAACGAUGUGGAGGAGAGCGUGAAAGGUGUGGAAGAGGCCUUGGAGCAGGUCACCUCCACUCCACAGUGGGUGCCCGUCUCGUGGGUCUACUGAUCAAGACGUUAGACACCGCGGUGCGGGAUAUCUUAUCAGUUUGAUUUUGAAAGCAGUGCAAUAUCACUCCUGACACAAAACCUCUGAGAUAUUGACGUCAUUUUGGUUCAUGUUCAUUGGCAGAUUUUUGGUUUGCAUUUAAAACCAGCAAUAUUUAGAAAGAUUGAUAUCAGAAAGCUGAGAACCUCACCGGGGAUGUAUUAUUUGGUCGCUCGUUUAGUUGUUUGCGCUUGAAAAUGUGCAGUUCUGGUGCCAACAAACUUUGUGAUUGUUGUGUUGUGGGUAAAUGCAGAAGAAGACCCUAACCGUUAAAGAAAUCCUCCAUUUGAAAUCACCGGAUUGUAUUAUUAGUCACAGCGUCACUCUUCAGUUAUUGUUCUUCAGUUCUUAGAACGUGACUUGCAAAUGUUUGUCUCGCCGCACAUUUCAGUCAGUCGGCAUAACUGUCACAUCAAACUGUAUACCUCGUGAUACCUCGUGAGCAGUUUCAACGGCACUUUUACAAAUAUUAAAUUCCUCCGCUCUGUGGCAA